UUGAAUUUUAUGGCAUCCCUUGUUCUCAUAUAAUAGCUGGGAUGAGAAGUGAGUAUAUUGAUGAAUUUCCAAGCAAUCUAGUUUCUAAGAGGUGGUUGAAAACAGCCAAGUCUGCUCAUGUGUAUUCAAUUUCAGAGCCUAGUAUUCAUUCACAGAAUAUGAAAUUGUUGCGAAAAGGAGCUAUGUCUGCCGCAUGCAACUAUCUCGCAGAAAUAGCAUGCGAAAAGGAUGAUGAUUUUUCAAGUGUAAUGGAAGACAUUUAUAAGCUGUUGAGGGAUGUUCAGAAGAGUCGCAAACCGGGUUGUACAACAAAGAGUGCAGCCUUUAAUGUGGGUGAUCCAACUGUUGUACAGGGUAGAGGUGCCCCCAAGAAGACCAGAACUGUCACCAAGAGAAGGCAUUGCUCAAAUUGCAGGGGUAUUGGACACACGAUUCGUACGUGCCCGGUUUUGCUUUAUCCUGAUCAAGUCAAUAACAGUGAAACAGGUGAAUCUGCAAGUGAAGGAAUUGAGGACAGCACAGACGACGAGACAAACGUUGGCAGCGUAGAUCGGCAGAAUAAGGGGGCUUCGGUGGCAAGUAAACUUAAAUCGCAGCAACGGAAGAAGGGAAAUGACUCCUCAUCCACCCAAAACAAGCGUUCAAAUCAGAACACGGUGUCGACAAAACAAAAUAAGCGUAAAUCUAAGCAGCGAGAAGUCCCAGUCAUGAUUCAUUCAAGCCAAGUAUCUGUGAAUGAAGUGACUCAGAGUUCACCGAAUAAUGUAGGUCGCGGUGAUGUGGAUAACAACAGAGUUACUUUGUUGCCCCAGCAUCCACAGGAAAUACCUUUGACCCAAGAAUCUGUGAAUCAGGUACAUGUUUAUAACAUGGAGCCUAUUGUACAACAAGUCCACUAUCCUGUUGUUCGUGCUUCAGCUGGACUUCCAUUUUUGCAACCUACUUAUGCCGUGAAUAUGACUAAUGGAGUUCAGGUGUUUCCACAGUUUAUACAGCACCAAAACGUCCAGGUUCCUUACCAAGGAGUUCAGAUGCAAACUCUAUUUCAAGCUGGACCUUCUGGCUUACUCCCGACAUUUUCAUCGACGUUGGCGGCAGUCGAUAGGAGACACAAUAGAAAUUCAAGUUUAGGAAAUAAUUGA